AUGCAGUGCAGCUCUUCGGAUGAGGCGCAGGAAGACACGUUUCACGCCGAUCGGCGUGCCCGCCAGUACACUUCCCACAGGCUCAGGGGACAGAGUCGUGAAAACGAGCAGGUAGCCACUGCAGCAACAAGGGCUUCGCCUCGGAGCGGCGAUGGAAGAAGGGACUGGAGUGCGCGCAUCUGUGCCUCCAUUGCUUGCUUGAUGGAGAUUGACGGGAUCAGCAUGGACCCGAAGCGUAGCUCGAAGCUAGAGGAGAAGAACCGAGCGAAAGCAGCUGAACAAGCGUUUAACGAGCGGGUGGACCGCUUGGAAGCGGCAACGGCGGCUGCCCACAAGAAGCAUUGGGAUCGACUGCAGCACAUGUAUUCGGCCUCAACCGCGAAGAAAAUGAGGCUGACGUCCAUGGAACCACCGCUUACGACCGUGGCCUUGCAGUCCAAGCACGACCUCGAAGCACUCGCCGCAUUGGCCACGACCGCUGCUCAGGGUGCACAACUCGCGAACGAGCACGUCGCGGAAGGUGCCGUGGCGCCACCAUUGCGACAAUCUGAGCGCACUGGCAAUAGACUGCAGGAUUCCGUGCCCCUGGGCGCCGGACCAGGUGACACAGCAGGUAAGCAGCAGCUCAUUCUUUGCCACAUGGUAAGCCCAAUGGUUGCAGUCGUGCAGUACUUCAUGUUCAUCAUCGAUCGCGUGGUCUGUGUAGGUACCAAACGCAAACCAGUGCAAGUGCACGACCCGAGUCUGGUCCAAGCGGUUGGCAAACUCACUGACAAGUUGAUGCAGCUACUAGUGCAGCAUCAACUCGCGUCCGAUGCAGCAGCUGCCGAGCCAAUACUCGCUGCGGCUGCGGCGAUCGCCUUAGAGGCAACUGAAAUGGGCCGCCGCGAGAAAGUGGCGUUGGCGCGCAUGAAGGAGAUUGAGACCCAUCGUCUGCGGAUCGCGCAGGGGCUUUUGGAGUACGAGCAGCGCAAGGAAGAGCGGGAAAAACGACGAGGUGCGAAGCGCAGUGCAUCGGACUAG